GCAGUCACAUGUUUUUUGUUAUUGUCAGUUAUUGAUGUUAAGUUAUAACUUAUUGACACCUCUAAAUAUUUACAUUUUACAAUCAAUUCAAAUCAACAUCAAUUAAAUCAAUAGGAAUAAAUUAUCGUUGGAAUGAUAACAUAUAGAGUUUCUGAUUUCGUAAAACGACGUUUACUACUUUCGACAUUUUCUGGAAAAUCAGUGACAAUAAAGAACAUUGAAUUAAACCCUGAUGAACCAGGUGCAAAAGAAUCUGUUAUGAUGUUAGCACCAUUUUGUAAACAUCCAAUUGAUAUGAAAUUACGUGGUGUUACAAGUGACACAACUGAUCCAUCAGUUGACAAAAUUGAAAGUUCUGGUUUACCAAUAUUGAAAAAAUUUAUAAUUGGUGAUUGUGAUGUUGACUUGACUAUUAAAAAACGUGGUGCUGCACCAAAUAGUGGUGGUGAAGUACAUUUCAAAUGUCCAGUUAAUCGUGGUCUUAAAAGAAUCCAAUUUGAAAAGUGUAGAUUGAUUCAAAGAAUAAGAGGCAUAUCAUGUAGCAUAAAAGUAUCACCAGCAAUUGCUAAUCGUAUGGUUGAAGCAGCAAAAGGUGUUUUACUUAAUUUUGUUCCUGAUGUUUAAAUUCAUACUGAUCAUUGUCAAGGAAAUCUUGGUGGAGAAUCACCAGAUUUGGAAUUAGUAUUACUGCAGAAACAACAGGAAUAAAAAGACUAUCAAAAGAUAAGGAUAAUAAAAAUGGAGCAUUUUUUACUGGAGAAGCAUAUUGUCCACCAAUGGAGAUAUAUUCGAGCCCAGAAGAUCUUGGACGACAAAUAGUCUUCUUGAUGAAAUUGCCAGAGGUUGAUGCUUUGAUAAUGUUUUUCAACCAAUGACGGCAUUGCUGCAUUCUUGGCUUUAGAAAAAAAAAAUGUAUCAAAAGUUAUAUUUGGACCACUUAGUAAAUUAACGAGAUAUUCAAUUUUUAAGAGAUUUAAAAGAUUUCACUGAAGUUGUGUUUAAACUGGAACCAGCUAAAGACCCAGAAAACCAAGACAUUAUUUUUGAACAAAUUCAUCUAUCUUGCAUGGGUAUUGGAUACAAUAAGUUCAGCAGACAAGCGUUAUAAUUUCGUGGUAUAUAGGUAUAACACUACGAAGUUAUACUUCUUGGUAUUGUUAUAUAUAAUAAUUAUUAUAUACAAUUUAAAUACAGUACCCAUGAUCUGAUGAUAAAACUUCUGUUAU